AUGGAUACUGAUUCAAAUGAAAAAAUAAAUUGUUGCGUUGAUGGUUGUCCAUCCAAUCUCAACAAUAAUUCUCUUUGUCUUACUCAGGCAAUAGAGUUCACUUGUGAAAAUUGUACAAACAAAUUUUGUUUUACUCAUUUUGUUGAUCAUAUGAAAAAAGGAGAAGACGAUCCAAAAUCAAACAAAAUAUCAUGUAACUCAACUUCUAAUCAUGUGUGUUCAACUGGCUUAGCUAUAAUAUCGGAAGCCCUGGUACUUCAACCAGUGGUUACAUCAACACCUAUUAAUUUAAUAGAGUUCAAUUCAUCAUUAAAAGGCGCCAUCGUUGAAGAUGAAAAUCACCUUAUUGCAAAUAAUGUAAUCGAAGUUAUGGAUUCAAAUAUGAACAACCAGGCUGAUAUACUCAUAUCAAAUGACGUUGAUUCUAAAUUAGAAACGACUAUAAAAGAAAAGCCUUAUAUGCAAAAGCCAAAUCAAACUGUAGAAAAUUUGAAACUAUCAUAUUACUUACUCAUUGCAAAUGGUGACCUUUUUAAUGAGGAAAUUAAAUCUUUAUCUCAAGAAAGAUACAUUGAAUCAUCAGUUCGUUCAUCUAAAAAACAAAAAUCAUCAUGCAAAGAUUGUUAUCGUGAAAAACAGAAGGAAGCAGCCUCGGCUGCAUUGAAACAGGCAUCACUUGCUAAUGCCGUUGCUGUAAUAAAAGAUACCUUUCCAUUUGAGUAUCUGACUUUUGGAAAUCAAAUGAGAUGUAAUAUUGAAUAUGAACUCCAACAGAUUGAAAAGCAAAAAGAAAUUGAAUAUAAACCAGUGUAUGAUUCAACAUCAUUUAAAAUUCCUGAAGAGCAUCGAGACAAAAUAAACGAAUGGCUAAAGUAUGAUUUUUGCAUGCGUAUUGAAGGAAAUAUUACUUGA